AAAAAAUGCUGCGGGAGUUGUAAGCUCUAUCCUAAACUAGUAUUUUCUUUUAUUUUCGGAACUUUCCCUUUCAUAUUUCAUUGUUCAUCAUAGUUUGAUCCAAUAAAAAAUAUAUUAUCUGGGUUUAAGCCAAGGUGACUUUUGAAGUCCCUGAGAGAGAGAUAGAGAUUAGAAAGAGAAAGGGGAGAGAGAGAGAGAGAGUUGUGGGGGGUUUUGAGCAUUUGAAGCAAUGGCUUCAACGCUGGUACUGGUUGUUGUGUUUGUGCUUGAUUUAAUUGCUUUUGCGCUUGCUGUUGCUGCUGAGCAGAGGAGGAGUACUGCGACGAUCAUAAAGGCGGCAGAUUACAGCUAUUGUAAAUACGAUAAAGAUAUUGCAACUGCCUUAGGCCUGAGUGCAGUUCUGUUAUUGACUGUCAGUCAACUUCUUAUAAUGGUGGUGAGCCGUUGCUUGUGCUUCGGGAAGGCUUUAAGGCCCAGCGGUUCUAGGUCUUGCGCUAUAGCACUGUUUAUUACUUCUUGGGUAUUCUUCAUCAUUGCUGUGUCAUGUUUGCUCGCGGCAUCAGUGAGAAACGCGUACCACACGAAGUACAGGAAUGCCUUGUCGUGUAAAGUAGUAAGGAAAGGGAUCUUUGCAGCUGGAGCUUCCUUCGUUGUCCUUACAGGUAUCGUCUCAGAGCUCUAUUACGUUAGCCAUUCAAAGGCAAACGAUGGUGAGGCGACUUAUGCCAGAGACACCGGCGUGAGGAUGGGAAAUCUAUAGUCUAAUCUGGCUCUCUUUACUGAAGAAAAAGGAGGAUUGCGACAUGUCCUGCUUAGAACAAUGGUUGGUUGGUAGACCUUAAUUAUGGUAUCUGUGGACAAGAACAGAGCAUGUGAUAUACACACAAUUAUUGUAUGACACGGAUUUUUUUUUUUUUUUUUUUGCUAGGGGGUAUGAUCAUAUGGAGUGUUAAUUAGUUGGGAUUUUACUCUUGUGCUUUUGCGUUCGUUCAAACUGGCUGUUUAAAUUAUAAAGUAAAUAUUAUUCGUGUCUUGACGUUGUGAAAAUUGCUUGGGGUGCACUAUUGACAUUGAGCAUGAUAACUAGUAGAGUGGCCUCCACCAGCGGGUAUAUUGUAGCGUGAGACCCAUUCUCUGUAUAUUUAAACUGGUGUCUGUUUAGAGAAAAGGAGAUAAA